CUCUUAAGAGAGGCGUCACGGAAAUGGUGAAUUAUAGGCCACCUUCCGCGCCAGCACCCGUGGACGCGCCUGUAGACCAGGGCACGGGAAACGUCGGUACGCAAACGAGCUACAUCAACCAACAUACAGGGACACAAACAACUGUUCCAGAGCAACCUGCAUCCCAACAUCAAGUAACGCAAACUUUAAGUUGUCGAACUAAGGACAGCCAUACGCAGACGACAGACCUGUCCUCUGUGCAGCGGACUACCCUGGAAAGCGAAACUCAAACAGGUGGACAAUCCUUGCGUGCUGCUGAGACACAGACUACCACAGUAAACUCCGUCGAAAGGGGCUGCUGAGCCAUCUUCUGAACGCCGUGCCCAGUCGAGCGCUGCUCUAGCUUGACCUCCAGCAUUUUGCCAUCUUAGGACACAGUCGACUUGGCCACGCGUGGACCCAUUUCACCUAUGGAGGAUGAAGCUGCUAUUAAUUGCCUGGUCGGCUUGCCGACCGCGGACCAGCGCCGAGCAGCAACAGCUAUCUUGCGCACGGAUGUGCUUGCAGCGGUGCGCGCCCUGGCCGGCUGCCAGCGUUGUGGUUUCGUGGAGCAAGUCCUCUCCGCCUUCGACCCAUCCACAUUGGUUACAAACUCCUCUUUAACCUACAACCAUAACUCUGCAGCCACAUCGUGGGACAAUGCCUCCCACCCGACGGCUCCAAGCGUGAUGCCCCCAGCACAGUUGCUGGCGCUACUAUCGGCCAGCGGGAACCCAUCUGAGCUGGUCGGGCUGCUCCAGUUUGCAUGGCGGGAUCCGGCGCAUGGUGGCAGUGGCAGCCCGGAAGCACCGCCAAGCGGCGGCAGCGGUAGCAGCAGCAGUGGUGGCUUGUUGGCCCUAAGUGACUCGCUGCUCGGCAAUACGCGACUGCUGCGGCGCUUCCUGACGCAGUCGCUGGGCGUCAUGCAGGCUCUGUCUGAGGAGUUGGGCGACUGCCGCCGCCACGCGGGCUGCCCCGGCCCCUCCGAGCUGGCCGCCUCGCUGGCCCGCCUGCACACGCAGCGGCGCCACACGCGGGAGCGGCUGGCGGCGUGGGGCGUGCUGAUGCUGGGGGAUAGCGGCGGCGGGCAGCAGCAGGAGGGGGAGGAAGAGGGGCAGCAGGAGGGCGAGCCGCAUGGGGGCCGGCAGCAACGGGGCGGCCAGGAACUGACACGGCAGCAGGAAGAGGAGCGGCCGGUGGAAGGGAGUGGUGCGAAGGGGGCGGUGAAGGAGGCUGGAGGAGGGGGCGGGGCAGAGGAGGAGGGUGGCGGUGAUGAUCCGCAGGUGGCACUGGCCAUUCGGUUGAGCCUACAGGAGGCAGCAGCAGCGGCAGCAGAGGAGGGGGAAGAGGAAAGAACGGGUUCUGCCACCACCAGCAGCAGCACCCCGCCGGCUCCACCAGGGUCCCACGCCUCCCACUCUGCAUGCAUGGUGGACGCUGCUGCCGUGGCGGCGCUGCCAGCCGGUCUGCGGGAACGCGUGGAGCACCUGGUGUCGCAGCUGCGUGCGGUGGAGCAGCGGCUGGGGCGGCUGCAGCACGCUUGCCAGCACGGGGUGCAGGCGGGCGGGCGGAAGCUGCUGCUGCUGCUGCUGCAGCUGAUGUGGAGCAACCUGCGGAGGCACUACCGGGCUGCUGCUGCGGAGGCGGCGGAUGUAGGAAGGGGGCAGGCAGCUGGAAGGAGAGCAGUAGCAGCAGCGGGAGUUGGUGCGGCAGGCGCCGCAGAGCAGCUUGGGGGUCACGAGUGUCCCAUGGGUCACCUGGCGCGAUUGCGGCGACGGCAGCGACGGUAUGAGGGAGUGUUGGCGGAGCUGGCUGCCGGUCUAAGCGAUGAAGAGGAGGGUGGGGAUGUGGAAGAGGCGGGGUUAGGGGAGGGCUUUGACGCAUCGCUGUUGUCUUUGCAAGGGCGGAGAGCAACAGGGGCAGAGUCAGCCAGCAGGCAAGGAGGCGUGCCGCAUGAGGAGGCGGCGGGGCAGCGGCAACGGCGGCGACAGGGCCGGGAGUCAGGGGGACAGCAGGAGGUGUUGGGUCAGAGCUCUGGGAUGGAGGCGCGGAGGUCGCUGACUGCUAGCGCUGCUGCUGCUGCUACUGGUAAGGUGGCAGCUGCCCAUGCAACACCGGCACGGAUGGCAUCACAGGUUGCCGCAGCCGGGUCGGCAACGGCAACCGGCGCAAGAGCAACAACAGAAGAGCGGCUUGAAGGUGACAGGGAUGCGGCAGCAGCACCGCGUGUUGCCGGCAGCAGCAACAGCAGUGGCAGCAGGCCCCAGGUUGCCCGCCUGCCUGCGCCGGUGCCCGCCUGCCCUGUAAGCACGUUCGCUGCCGUGGAGCACACGAGCACACCCGCACCACCUCACGCCCGGGCAUCCCCACACCACACCACACCGGCACGACCGACACCCAUUCCUGCAGCAACGCAGCAGCCACACGAACCCAUGACGGUUGUUCUGGACUACGCUGCUGCUGCCGGUGGUGGUGGUGGUGGUGCUGCUCCUGCUGCUGCUGCUGGUUGUGGUGGUGUCGGUAGUCAUGCCCAUGGCGGCGGUGUUGCAGGAACUGACAGCGGCAGCGGCUUGGAAAGCGGCUGCAGCAGUGGGUGCAGCAGCAGCAACAGCAGCUGUUGUUGCAGCUGCGGUGCGGCGGACUGUCGGGCGGUGCGGGAGGAGCAGGCGGAGCAGCUGCAAGCGCUGCAGUGCCAGCUGUCCGCCUGCCGCGCCUCCCAGUCGGAGCUGCAGGGGGAGGUGGGGCGGCUGCUGGACAUGCUAGCACACUCGCGCAGGGCGGGGGAGCAGGCCGUAUCCUCCCUGCAGUCCCAGCUGUCGCGCAUGCGGGGUGAGGCGGGGGCGCUAGCUGGGCUGGGGCCGGAGGAGCUGGGGCGGCUGGCGGGGGAGAUGGAGGCGGCGCUGGGCAGGGUGCGGGCGGCGCAGCUGCAGGCUGCCGCCGCUCGCGAGCAGCAGUGCCCCGUGUGCUGGGAGCGGCGCAAGGAGCUGGUGUUCGGGUGUGGACACCAGACGUGCGGGGAGUGCGGGGAGAGGUUGAGCGCCUGCCCCAUCUGCCGUACAACCAUCAGCAUCCGGAUUCGGGUGUACGGAUGAUGAAUGGUUGGACGGAUGGGUGGAUGGCGGGGACAAACGAGGAUUGAACCGUGCGGAGGGUGUGUGCGGGUUGGUCGGAACCAGCAGCAACCAGUUCCACAUCGGAGAAGCAGAUUAGGAAGGACGGGCCGGG